AUGUCAACUAGUACCCAAAAUAUCGACCAAGUAUCUACAGAGGCCAAACCCUCUAUCCCAACCUGGCAAGAUUUUGAAAAAGCAAUAAUUGAUAUUUUAAGAGCAGGCAUACUCUAUCGAAAGCCAAAAGAUAAAGGAUUUAUGAGCUGGUAUAAAAAGCAAUUAGCCGAAAUACGCGGUGCAGAAGAUCCUGAAAUGCAUAUAUUCGAAAAAAAUUUACCUAUUAUUAUCUCUAAUUCAACCCCCGCCCCAUAUCAACCUCAACUCAAACCCCAGGAAAACAAAAAUAGGGCAUUGGAACAUUUAGAUAGUAUUGCCGAGAGAUUGGGGUAUUCUGACGAUGCAUCUCGAAAUCCUGACGCUUUAGCAAGUUUUAUUGAUGAUGAAUUAUAUAAUAGAUUAGGCUAUGAAAAUUAUCAUAUCUGCAGAGCAGUGCACUCCGUGCCUAGAAAAGAGCCUUUUGGUCAAAAUAACAAUACCAGAGCUAUUAAAAAACCAGAAGAUUAUUGUGAAGCAAUGGGGCUCCGCACUUAUGAUCAAGAGGAUGAGGCUAUUGUAGUAUUGGAAGACGAAGACGAGGAAAAUGUCAUGGAGAGUGAAGAUGAGGAAACCAUCUCAGAUAGCGAAGAAGCAAAGCUUCGAAUUUUCAAUUCACCGCAGAAUUGCUUUAAUCAAGAAGUAUUCCUUGAAUCCCUUAAAUAUAUGAUAUCCGAAUUAAUACCUCAUGUUCCCAAGGAGAUUCUCAUUGAAGCUCGUACAUUUCUUAAUAAUCUGUUUACAAAAAUGAAGGACCAGUUCGAUUCCUAUUAUACUGAAAAGUAUACAGUUAAAGAGCGAAAUAAGGUAUGGGUGAAUAUUGCGAAAAAUUAUCAAAUUAUCUUCCAGUCAUUUAUUGAGACUAUUAAUGGACAGAGUUUGGACGAUGCGGAGCAUCGAAUCUCCGAUUCCUCUCCAAAAAAACUCGACAAUACCAUUACCCUAAACCAUGCCAUUAAACUAUAUCAGGGAGCACAAAUAAGCCGAAAUUGGCCUAAUCCCUUUGAUUUUCUCGAUAUAAGUGAACCAAAUGAUGUAGCGACAAUUUCUUGUAGAAUAGGAGACUUGGUAAUACCACACGCAAUUCUAGAUACUGGUUCAGAUGGUUCAUUAUAUACUGAUAAUAUUCCUAGGUAUUUAGGAUUAAAAAUAGAUGAGAAAAAUGUUCAUAAACUUACUGGUGCGGUUGGGGAUUCUCAGUCUAUUGGUACUUCGUAUAAUGUUCCUAUAUCUAUAGGUACUGGAAAUGAUUAUAUAACAGUUUCCGAAGAAAUAUCUGUAAUCCCUACACAAAAAGAUCGAAAUGGGGAUGAUAUAUCUAUAAUGAUACUUGGUACCAAGUGGCAAUACCAUGUUGGAUGGGAUCCUAUAGUAAAAGGCGAAUUUAUAGCUACUCACAACGGGAAGACUAUUAAAAUUCCUCUUUCUACUCGAAAAGAAAAAUCUCGCCACAGGCCCGAAGGGGCGAUGGAUCGAAGAUCCGAGACUCUGUCUCCCCUAAAGGGUCACAUAUCUGACAAGGACGGAGUCCCAUUGCUUCGCAAUAAUAUUUUUAAUACUGUAAUAUCUGAACAAAUACCAGAGGAGCAAAAAAAAAAAUAG